GAGGUUUCUUGUGGCCGAGCCCCCACUGUCCCCGCCAGAGGGGCGCUCUGCCGCCGCCGCCCAUGGCUCCCGCGGCGCCUGGCCCGCUGCCGAGGGAGGCGUACACCCGCACGGCCGAGCUGCACGGCGUGGAGAUCUCGGGCGAGUUCGCGCAGCAGGCGGCGCGCAUGCCGCCGCUGGUGCGGCGGCUCCUGGUGGACGGGGCUGCGCCCUCGGGGGUGAGCGCGGAGGCCCUGCUGGACGAGCUGCGCCUCUCGGAGGACGCCCUGCGGAGCGCCCGGGCCGGGCUCUGCUGCACGGCCGGGGAGGCGCUGCUGCGGCGCCCCGGCGCGCUGUGCGCGGAGGCCUGCGCCACGCUGCGCGGCCUCGUCGACGCGGAGAGGCAGACCAAGUGCGACACCGUGGACGGGGCGCCCGACCACCAGCUGAACCUGAGCAAGCAGCAGCUGGAGGCGCACGUCGGCGCGGCCGCGCUGGCGGGCCUGUGGGGGCUGGCGGAGGAGUUCGGAGGCCCUGGGAGGACGGACGGCAUGGAGGUGGGCCUGUUCGUAAGGCGCUACACAGCCGACUCGAGGCCCUGGAACCCAUUCCACGUCGACUCGGCGGAGCUCACGGUCAACGUCGCUCUCGUGGGCGACGACCAAUUCACCGGGGGCGCUCUGCUGGCGUGCUACGACGGCGCGGUGCGCGAGGUGCCCCGAGCGGAGGGGGAGGCCACCGUGCACGCCUCGACGCUGCUGCACGGGGUGGGCAUGCUGACGUCUGGCGUCCGGUACUCCCUGAUACUGUUCUUCGGGCGGCCAGAGGAGCCCGAAGCGCUGGGCCCCGCCGAGCGGGCCGCGGAGGCGGGCGCGCUCGGGCGGCUCGUGGCGGACGGGGCGCUCAUGGCCAGGGCCCGCGGCGUGCUGGGGGACGCCCGCCUCCCCGGAAGGGGCGCGCCGGGAGAGAGCGGCCUCGGGCACGAGUUCCGGGGGCCCGCAGAGCAGGUUGCCCCCUCGCUCUC